AUGUCCAAACGCAAAGAGGAGUUACUGGCCAUGUUGAAAAACACACUGGCUCUAAGUAGGAGUUCACUCAAGGUAGCAGAGCCCGAUCAAACCGAAGGGAAAUGUACAAAAGGAAAUCUAGGCCAGAGAAGUUCUGACACUAAUCUCUUGAAUAAAAAUAAUAAUAAUAACAAUGUUGGGUAUAAUGUUGAUGAUGAAGAUGAGUUUUUGUAUGGCAAGUCUAAUGUAUUUGCUGACGGAAGCAAUUAUGGAAACCAAAGAUAUCAAAAUAAAUUGGAGGCAUCAUUUGAUUAUUUUCACGGUGGGCUGAAUAAUGAAAAAUUUACAUAUAACAGUGGCAAGAAUUAUGAAUUCGAUGUCAUUAGUUCUCAAGAACAACGACCGCCUUCUAGGUAUGAGCAGUUUGCAAAGGAUGGUACCAACUUCUACAACACUAAUCAAAAUGAUCCUGAUUUGAGGGGCUAUGAAUAUUCUCAGUCAGUUUAUGCUACCGAGAUUGCUAAGACAUCGACAAAUCCAUUUGAAAGUUGUGAGAAUGUACUGCAAAUAAAUCAACGGCAGGAAGAAACAGCAGAUGAAAUUGAUUCUAAUAAAUUACUCGACACCAUUUUGAAAACCAUAUCCAUGGAUGAAAAACUUUCUAAAAUUAUUGUUGAGAAGAUGAAAAAACCGGGUUCUGAUAUUGGAAAAUUGAAUGAAAAUCCACCAAAAGCUGCCAAACAAGAAGAAAAAUUGACUCCAGUGCUCAAGUCAUCAUCCCAAACUUCUAUAAAAACUGCUACCAAUCCCUCAGACAGUAACUUAAUUUUAAGAUAUGGUGCAAUGGAGAAGAGUUAUGAGGCCAGUGAAACAGUUGAACAGGUAAAAGUUGUAAAGAAGCCAGCCACUGAACAAAAUUUGGAUCAAAAGUUGAACAUCACUAGCAACAACAGCAACAACACUGCUGCUAACGUCAACAACAGCAGCAAUACUGAUAGCAGCUGCGACACCAGCAAAACACAAACUGAGACAACAAACUGGAACAAGAAGACAGAGGAAUUCCUGAAAAGAUUGCAAAAUCAAAACUCAGCUCCAAAAGAUACAACAGCAGUGACGAUGGUGACAGGUACUUCAAAAGCAGAUGAAAAGAAAUCACCAAUGACAUCUACACCUCCACAAAGAAAUAAAAAACCACCCACCAAGGAGGACCAGCUGGAGACGACAGACCCCACCAAACAAGCACCUCAUUCCAGCUUCACUGACACAAGCUUGCAGGAAAUCAUCGACACCAUCAGAGCAGUUGAGGUGGAGUUGAACAAGUUGGAACAACACAGGCAAUUUCUGCUGUCUAAACUGCCCAACCCUGAUACGGAAGACAUUUUGAAGGUUAAUUUAAAGACUCAGCAGGAUAUGAAAACUCAGCUGGCACUUUUGAAAGAAACUCUCAGUCAGGUUGAGUGCCAGAAGCUGAAGAGCAUAGCUCUCAAUAACUGCAAUCCUUCUAACAAUACCAGUAGCAGCAGCAACAACGACAACAACAACAAUAAUAAUAGUAGCAAGAGAAAGCGCUCAGAUGACGUCGUUGAGAAGAAAUUGAAAAAAUCUACCAGGAGCCGAUCCAGGUCCAGAGGUUACAAAAGAUCCAGGUCACGUUCCAGAUCAAAAUCUAGGUCAAGGUCACCGUGGGGUCGUAAGCAAAGGUGGAGACGUUUUGAUUCAAGAAAUUCCAGACAGCACAGAAAAUUUGAUCAAGGUAGCAGAAGUAGAAGUGGGUCAAGGAAAAACACAAGCAAAAGUGGAAGUAACUUUGGAAGGGAUAACAAAGAUAAUAGCAAGUCUAAACUUUUAACUAAUACUUCUCCUGAUACACUUGCUAGCACUACUGUGAAAGAAUCAACAAAGCAACCAACCAGUAGCACUGCUGCUUCUAAAGAAACAUGCACUCCAACAGCCGAAGAGAACGUGACUAAUCAGGCAAAACCUGUCACAAAUUUACAGGUAGAUCAGUCCCUAAACGCCAGUGAAGCUAUCCAGCAGAAAGACAUGCUACAGAAUGUUAAAUUUGGCAUAGAAUUUGCCAUUGCCCUGUUUAUGAAGGCCAGCAAAUUUUUUGAUGGAGGUAAUCUAUGGUGUGAACACUGUGAUCUCAUCUUUGAAUCCUUUGGUCAGUUGUGUCUACACUUGCACACUGAGGAACAUUUGCAUAAAUCAGAAGACAUAGGGACGAAGAAGAAGUCAGAUGUGCUAGAAAGAGAUCAGCCUUCAGGUCCACAAAGUGCGCCGGCCAGGGGUAAUGAAUUCAUCAGGCCAGUCCAAGCGUAUUGCUGCUCCCUGUGUGAUGAAUUUCUUGAAGACAGUUCCAAAGCAAAGAUGCACUUUACUAGCUCCGCCCACAAUUCUAAAUUUAAAGAAUAUGUAGCAAAAAAUAACGCUUAUGAGGUGCCAUACCUAGCGAGAAGAAUGAACGCCCUGUUCAAAAAAGAAUGCGUCUCUAAGGUGACACCAAGGAGUAUCUUAAAGUCAGCUGAUCCAGUUGUAGAUAUGUUUGAAGAUAGCACAACGGCCACCGCUACUAACAAAUUAACAGUUGAAAAGAAGGUAGGUAACGUAGAGAGUAGUAGCAGUAUAAAAAGUGUUGCAGCAACUGGAAGUAGUGGUGUUGGUGUUGAUGCAACUAUGACUGAGGCUAAAAUGAUGCAUAUGCUGAUGCAACAAAAUCUCCCACAACAGCCUCCACAGCCACAAAAGCCCCACUCAUUUCAACCACCAAGCAACCAACAAUUGGUUCACCAGCAGUCACAUCCACAACAAAGACCUCCUGUACAACAACAACAGUAUCACAAUCAACAAAGACCACCGAUACAACAGCAAAGACCACCAAUACAACAACAGCAACGUUACCAACAACAAUAUCAACUAAGACCAUCUCAACAACUACAUCAGCAGCAGCAACAACAACCUCAAACCUUCAAAGCAAAGGAGGAUCCAACACAACAGCAGCAGCAGAAAUCUGUACUUGUACAGCCAUUCAAACUAAACAAUCAGCCAAAGAAAAAUUUUGGUGGAAGUCGUUUUCACUAA